AUAAAGCAUUUAAAAAAAGUGUGUCCACACCAGUGUGUGUGUGUGUGUCAAGCCAUGGCAACACAGUGUUGAUGGAUACACUGAGUGCAGUUUGAGCAGCUGUGUGUUUGACAGAGAAUAAAGAUGGACGCACAAAAUCACCAGACAGCUUCAAAUGAACUUCUGGAGCAACUUCGAGCUCUGACAGAGGAAAAUCUGCAGCUGCGUGACAAAACUGAACGUCUUUUCACCAAAGUGGGCUACCUGGAGAGCAGACUGGGCCAUGUGGCCAGUUCCAAUGCAGAUCUGUCCUGCAGGUUGGUCCAGAGUGAAGAGGAAAAACUGAAGAUAUCUAAGGAGCUUGUGGAAGAGAAAAUUCAGACAAAUAAGAUGAGAGAAAAGUAUGAAGAAGAGACAUUCGAGCUGAAAAACAAGAUAUUGACCCAAGACGGUGUAAUAACAGAGCUGGAGAUGGGCCGAGACAAGCUGCUCAGGGAACUCCAGUCAGCUGAGGCUCGUUUAAAAGUGGGAGAAACGAGCGGCCAAGGCCUGACAGAGGAGUAUGCCACACUGAAGACAAACUACCAGGCUCUGGCUGAGGCCCAUCAUAAGGAGCUAGCCCAGAGUGAAGAGCUGAGCACUGAGCUUCUGGCCCUGGCCCAGGCUCAGGAUGCCCUCCGUAGGCAGCUGGAGGAGCAGCAGCAGAGUGUGAGGACAACCACCCAGGGCCUGCAUGGUGAACUGAACAGGGUGCGGGCCUUGAUCAGCCGCAUGUCACACAACAGAGUCAAGUUUGAGGAUCUGGCAGCCUUGGACAAGGAGCAAAAAAAUAUGGAGAAAACUCUACUUGGAAACCAAGAUGAGAUCAAAGACAUGCUGGAGAAAAUGAAGAGCAGCUACGAGGAGCAGCAGAAGAAACUGGAAGAGAAAGUGGUGGCGAUGGGUAAAGAGCACCAGCAGAACAAGAAAGUGAUCCGUAAUAGGCAGCAGGAACUAUCUGAACUGAGUGCGACCCUGAUGUGCUCUCGAAGCCAAUUGAAAGAAGUAGAAGAAGAGAAUUCAAAGCUGCAGCUUCAACUCAAAGAGCUUAAUGAAGAGUACCGUGCAAGGCUUGUGUGCUAUUUACAGGACUUAGCUGAAUUCACCGAUGGACUUGGAGAAGGUAAAAGCCCUUCAGAGGCUUCAAAGUUGAGGCCAUUUGUGGACAGCAUGCUCCAGGAUGUUCGCUCAACCUACAGGGUCAGGGAGGAACAGCUUGCCUCUGCUGCUCGUUCCUAUAAGAAGAGACUUCAGAGGAUGACCAAGACCCAUCAUGCUCUCCUCAUAGCGUACAGGGUCCAGAGGGAGCAGAUCUUGGCCUACCGAGAGAGUGAUCUUGACCCUGGACCCCCAGAAGCCCACUUCAGCCUGGAACUCACUGAGCUCAGAGAAGAAACUGAAAAGGAGCUCCAUAACCUUCGCCAGGACAAGGCAAGACUGGAGGGUCAGUUGCAGGCAGUCCGUGAGCAGGUGGCCGCCAUCAAAAUGCCUGUUCACAAUUUAGGCUGUGAGGAGCCAGCAAAACCGAAGCAGAUAUGUGAGGAAUCCUGUUCGGACAUAAGGAAACAGCUGAGGGAAAUCACAGACUCUGCCCUGGUGGGCUUUGAGAAGCAGCGAGCCCUCCUCCUCACCAGAGCAACAGUUGCAGAGGCGCAGGUGUCGGAGUUGCAGGACUACAUUGACAACCACCUGGGCAGGUAUAAAGAGGAGAUCUCACAUCUGUGCAGACUGUAUGGGAUACAGGAGGCGGGGCGUUGCAAAAGUGCAAACUCAUCACUCCGUUAAGAAAACUGACCAGAAAUCUGAACCCCAGUCAUAUAUUCCAAUGUAAUUUCAAAAUAUAUUAUUAUAUAUUAAUAUUUAAGUUCUGAACCUCACAUAUAUUAAAUCUGAAAAUGAAAACAUAUGCACUCAUAAAGUACUGCUUGUAAGCUGGUUUAAUUCAAACUGAAAUAUUUGAUUCCUUUUGAGGAGUAAACUAACUAUAAGUCUAAUACCUUGUUUUGACUAGAGAACAUGUGUGUGCAUUUACACCAUCACUAGGUGGUGCUGCCCCUAUUGGAGAUUUUCUCUAUGAAAGGCCCCCAAAGAAAAUCUGGCCUUGAGAAAAAAAUGCCUGGAAUGUUUGUAAAGCUUAUGUCAAUUUCACGAGCUCAGGAGAAGAAAGCGUGGUGACAAUGCGGGGUCACCCUGGUGAGAAUAAUGUCAUUACAUGUUACCCAGACACAUACACGCCCGUGAAUACUUUCCCUCAGUGCCGUGCUGAGAACUGCGGCGCAAACAAGCCAGGCUUUUUUCCAGGAUGAGGGUUCAUAUUUAUAACCUCUGUGUUGUGUGAAUAGGCAUCCAUUCCCUUUAAGUCCCUUUAACAGAGAAAGGGUCUGCAUUUUUUUCUAGUGUGUUUUUGGUAGCUGGGAUUCACAGUUUUCAUUAAUGCCAUGGCUGGUAUAAUUUUAAAAUUAAAAAUUUCCUUUAAAAGCACGUCAGAAGUUGAAGUGUUUGGUUAACAAAUGUCAGUAAGUUUUAUGUCGAGAAAGAGUUGAAGUUAGAAAUCACUGGGGAAUGAUGGGAAAAGUGGUGGAGAUGGAAAGAGUCAUAUGCAUGUC